AUGGGGACUUACCUAAGUACUCCCAAAACUGAUAAGUUAUCAGAAGAAGGUGAGAAUGAUAUGCUUAGAUAUGGUUCAUGCUCUAUGCAAGGUUGGCGUGCCACCAUGGAAGAUGCGCAUGCUGCAAUUCUUGAUCUGGAUGAUAAAACAUCCUUCUUCGGUGUGUAUGAUGGUCAUGGAGGUAAAGUUGUUGCUAAGUUCUGUGCAAAGUAUCUACACCAGCAGGUUCUCAGUAACCAAGCAUAUGGAGCUGGAGACAUUGAAACAUCUCUUCAAAGAGCAUUCUUUAGAAUGGAUGACAUGAUGCAAGGACAGAGAGGGUGGAGAGAGUUAGCUGCACUUGGUGACAAGAUGAAUAAGUUUAGCGGCAUGAUUGAAGGGUUCAUAUGGUCACCAAGAAGCGGUGGUGACGCCAAUAACCAGCCUGAUAAUUGGCCUCUUGAGGAUGGUCCUCAUUCUGAUUUCGCUGGACCUACUUGCGGGUGCACAGCGUGUGUAGCUCUUAUUAAAGAUAAGAAGCUCUUUGUUGCAAAUGCCGGUGACUCACGUUGUGUGAUAUCGAGGAAAGGUCAGGCUUUUGAUCUUUCUAAAGAUCACAAACCUGAUCUUGAAGCUGAAAAGGAAAGGAUAUUAAAGGCUGGUGGCUUUAUUCAUGCUGGGCGUAUUAAUGGAAGCUUGAAUCUGACAAGAGCCAUUGGUGACAUGGAGUUCAAGCAGAAUAAGUUCUUAACAUCUGACAAGCAAAUGGUUACUGCUAAUCCAGAUAUAAACGCCAUUGACCUAUGUGAUGAUGAUGAGUUUCUUGUUGUUGCAUGUGAUGGAAUCUGGGAUUGUAUGACAAGCCAGCAACUGGUGGAUUUUAUCCAUGAACAGUUAAAAUCUGAAACAAAGCUUUCAACGGUAUGUGAAAAGAUUGUUGAUAGAUGUUUGGCUCCAGACACUGCGAGUGGUGAAGGUUGUGAUAAUAUGACCAUCAUUUUGGUCCAGUUCAAGAAGCCUAAUCCAUCCGAGACCCAAGCAGAAGAAGUCAAACCAGAACCAAGCCAGGAGGCCCAGGAUGAGCCGAGCUCAUCAAGCUAG